CAUAACACAUCUAACUAUGAUAUAUUAUUCAUAUUUUAAAGGAAUUAAUAAAUUGAUGUUAAUUUUGAUAAGAAUAAUUCUAUAUAGCAAAUUACUAUAGAAUGCUAUGUAGAAUUUUAUUAUCUUUUCAUUAGAUUGUGUGAUAAUAGUAUAUGAUUGUGAAAGAAAAUGUUACAAAGUAUAUCGAAACAACUGGUCUUGGACGAGACGGCCUCAUACUGGAGAUCGUUAAUUUGAGCCGACCUAAUUCGAGUGGGUAACAACCUGGGCAUUUUUCCAUUUUCUGGGUAAUUUUCAAUUUUGAUCUUAAAGGUAUCAAUAUUGAAAAUUGAUAUUUUUAAAGUCAAAAUUGAUAAAUGCCAAAAAAAUUAAAAUAUUACACGUGCAAAUUGGACUGACCCAAAUUAAAUGUUUUUCCAAGUUUUUGUGAUAUCGGAAAGCGAAUUCCUACACAAAAGGCCAGAGUGAAUAAUAGCCCAGAAGUUUCGACAUGUUUCCAUGACUAGCGACUAGAACAUAAAAGAAAACCGCGGCUCGAGCCAACUCAUGCAUCAGAACAUAAGUUUGAAGCUGUACAUACUAAUACUAUAUUACUGUUACUCAGUAAUCAAUCCAGAAACUGCUUCUCAAUUCUCAUCCCUGGAAUUUGGAUUGUGGAAUUAAUACCAAUAAUCAAUCAGAUCAAUGAGGGGUUUGGAUUUUGACGACUGUACUUCAUGUUUAAGUGAUGGGAUCAAAUGGCUUUCUUCUCAUCAUCAUAACAUUACUAGAAAACCUUUCAAGACGGUAGAAAUAAAAGUAAGAAUGGAUUGUGAAGGAUGCGAGAGAAAAGUAAAAAAAAGCGUAAAAGGCAUGAAAGGAGUGACUAGAGUUGAAACGGAUCCCAAAUUCCAUAAACUAACGGUGAUGGGGUAUGUGGAUCCCAAGAAGGUCUUGAAAAGAGUUCGACAUCAUACAGGAAAGAAAGCUGAAUUAUGGCCAUAUGUCCCAUAUGAUGCUGUUGAACACUUGGUUCGCCCUUAUGCACCAGGUGUAUAUGACAAGAAAGCUCCACCUGGAUACGUAAGGAACCCUCAUCUUAGUGAUCCUAAUAAUUUUGCUGAAUCGGCUCUUCAGUCUUCGACUGAGCUCAAGUAUUCUACAGCUUUUAGUGAUGAAAAUCCUAAUGCAUGUGUAAUUAUGUGAUAUUUCUACUUCUAUGUAACAUAAUAUGGUCAUGUUUUAUUUUUUGUACUUUUGUUGUACAUAAAUUUAAUUACUUCACUUGAAUUAUAGUUCUAUUGUUGUAAACUUGUAAUAACUAAUAAGUGUUGCUUUUUUUUUUUAUGAUGUUGAAAUUUUGGGAUUGUUGUAGGCUAUUAUUCUAAAUUUUAACUAGAUUAAAGUAUUGAGCACUCUCAAUAUCGCGCACAAAGCA